AUGCCGUCAAAAGUCUGUGAAGACUUUUGGGGGGAGAAGCCUUCUCCGCAGUUACAGGGUGAACUUCGGAGAAGAAAACUCAGCACGACGGGCAAUAAGACACAGCUCCUGUCACGGCUCGUCUCUGCUAUCGACAACAAUAAUAACAGGAAUGUGAUCGAUGACGGGAGAGACGACGGGGACGUCCAUCUCUCCAUCGAGGAGAGACAGAAUGCUCUUCGGGCUCGAUUCAGUGGUUUGAAAGUAAAUGAGUUGAAGGAGCUAUUGAGGCAAAAGCCAGGAGCCUUGAUAACGGGGAAGAAAUCUACGUUACUGGACAGACUUGUGUAUUAUGAGACUAACUCAGAUUUUAAUGUGACGCCCAGUGACGACACAGUUGAGCUAGUUGAUGUCCUAAACUCACCAACUCGUGACAAGUUUAAAGACAUCAAUGCCAACUCAACCCUGCCUCCUUUCAGCAAAGACGACAUUGUCUUGUAUUUGUCUUUGUUUAAGAAGAGUAUUGGUCCAGCGGAGGGAAUGUACCAAGAAGGGUUUCUUGAAGUGAUACGUUACUGCCAGCAAGAUAACUUCACUUUCAUUUAUGGAAUAUGCUAUGCUGAAAUGAAGAAGGUUGACAAGUACAAUGUCUACUGCAAGCUGUUGAGUGAUGGGGAAGUUGUGGGUGCGACUUGUGAGUGUACUCAUGGCAAGAGCAGUGGUGAGGCACAUUGCAAGCAUGUUAGUGUUGUGUUGCUAGCUGUUGCCCAUGUGAAGAUAGAAGGCAUUGUAACUACUGACGAAACAUGUACGCAGCAACUACAAACUUUCCACCACCCUACCAAGAAAUUUAAAGGAACACCCCUGAAAGCAAGGCAGAUGAAAGGGCAGGGAGGUCAGUUUGGUUUAGAGCCUGUUCAGGAAAGUGAGGAAGAAAUGAAAAAUUACCAGACUUACUUCAGAAAUUUAAUUCUGAAUGGAGGAUUUAAUUCUACAAUGCCAUUGAAGCAUCUGAUAGAGCCUGCUAAUCCUUAUGCUAUUGACUCCGACCACACCUAUAGCAAGUUUUCCUCCCGUGAUAUUCUUCUGAAUCACCUUCGAUUAAAAGAAAUAACCACCGAAGAGAUUGAGAAGAUUGAACUGGAGACACAAAAGCAGAGUGAGUCUCCUUUGUGGCAUAAUGUAAGAGAAGUCAGAAUCACAGCCUCCUGGUUCUACGAAGCUAUACAUAAUGAAGAUCCAGUUGCAAAGGCUGUCUCUAAGCUGAUACGUGUGAAAGCUACUUCUCGUGCUAUGGCACAUGGGCUAAAGUAUGAAAGUGUUGCCAUAGCCAGAUACAAGCGUGACAAUCCUGGUGUUGACGUAAAGUGUUCUGGAUUGGUAAUAAUGGAAUCUCACCCAUUUCUGGGUGCCUCUCCAGACUUCCUGGUUGGAGCAGAUGGUCUUGGUGAAGUGAAAUGUCCGUAUACUCACAGAAACCUGCCUAUUGGGCCUCAAAACCAGGACUUCCUUGUCAAGUCCAAGAAAAAUCCAAGUUUACUAAAGCUGAAGAAGACUCAUCGUUUUUACUAUCAAGUUCAAGGACACAUGCUUGUGACAGACAAAUCAUUCUGUGAUUUUGUUGUGUACACAUUCAAAGAUUUUAAAGUGAUUCGUAUUGACAGAAAAGAGAAUUUUAUCAGCUCUAUGCUUUUAAAUCUUGUCAAGUUUUAUGAAGAUUAUUACCGCCCAGCCAUUGAGAAUAAAUAUUUGUGGAGGGAUUACCACAAGUAUUCAUUUGGCAAGUAAUCUGCUUGGCUGGCUGUUU